AUGGCUACCAACGCCCCCACGCCCGAUUCGGCCUCAUAUGCGACGAAUCCCUUUCGACACGAUCCAGACUUUGUCAAGCCGUCUCAAGAGUUACAGCCAUUAGAACGCGCAUUCGCCCAGUCUGGCAUCCGUACUGCCCUCGUGGGCCCGACUGGCGUGGGAAAGUCGCAACUCGUGAUUGAGACCUACCAUAAGACGAAUGCGGCAUUAAAGUACUCAUCGGUGUAUUGGGUAGGCGCAGAAACAAGACCACACCUUUUGCAAGGCCUCAAGGCCGUUGCUGAGCAACUUGGGAUCAGGGAUCAGGAGACAACGGAGGCAAAUCUGCCCGAACUUGUCGCGCAACGGCUCCGCGACCUGUCAAAUGGCUACUGGGUCCUGAUUCUAGACGGCGUCACCGACGCCGACGUGCUUCUCAGCACCGGUGGCACCAAUGCCGCCACCCUAGGAACCAGAAGCGCCCGCAGGCGCCGCAGACGCCGCACGCGGAAGGGCUUUUGGCACCGCUUGUCAGAUGUCUCCCAUGGGUCAAUCAUAGUCACGACAGAAGACGAGCGUGUUGUAUCAGCCCUUGGCAUCGAGUCUGGCAAUACCGUCUCCGUGCGGUCAAUGGACCAAGGCCAGGCGAUAAGCUUGCUGCAGAAAAAGCUCGACGGCCGACAGCACAUCGAGCCGGAUUGCAAGGAAUUGGCGGCGGCGGAGAUAUGGCGAUCCUCGCUCUCCGUCCGUGCAUAUCUACAAGGUCUGAAACAAGAUGAGGCAUCGAAACAAGCUCUCUUCGAAUGGCCAAGCCAUCAUUCACAAAGGGACCGCAGCGCCUCAGACUUCAUCAUAGCCCAGCAGACGCACAGUCAUGAGCACGUCGAGGAAACUCCAUCUCGUCCAGAGCCGCAUCUCCGCCAUUCAGCUCUUAUUGCCGAGGGCAAGCCAGACAUCUUCACGAUGCCCCAAACCGUGCAAGUGGCUGUGAGACACUUGCUGAAGACUAAUGGAAGCUCUGGGAACUUCAUUUCGCGCUUCAUCUCUUGGAUGAGUGACAACUUCCCAGAAGCGUACUACGAGCACUGGGAUACGUGCCAUCACCUAUACCCACUUGUCCAAAUCAUGGCCGAACACCUCCCGGCUGAUGCUGGGUUGCUCAGAGAGUGGGCAUCAGUACUUUGUCGUUGCAGCCGAUAUGCCAGGGAACAACACUGGCUCGACGAGGCCCUUCAAAUGGCAACAGAGUCACACAAGGCCGCGCUAGAGGUGCACGAUCCGACAGACGAGCUGGUUUUGGAGAGCGAACAGUAUGUCGGCAGGAUCCUGCGUGACAAAGGCCGGCAUGAGGAAGCGAGAGUGAUAUUCUCUCGUCUGUGGGCCACGUGCGGGGAGCAUCUCGCCCCCGAUGAUCCCCUGGCCCUCACCAUUGGCGAAGACCUGGCGAUCCAGUAUUCCUUUACAGGAAAUCAAACGGACGCACUAAAGCUGAUACAACGUAUCCAUGGCAUUCGGGUAGCGCAAAAAGGGCCGAAAGGAGCCCACCCUACCGACGUGGUCGGUUGUGAUUCGAACUUGGGAAUAAUACUUGGAGUUUGCCGUGAACUAUCGCGCGCUGUGGAGGCGUUCGAAGCUGCCAUAGUCAAGUCAAGGGAGUUCAACAUUGUUUUCAAUCAUCCUGACAUGCUGACCAUCAACUCUGAGCUAGCAACAAUAUACCGAGAUCAAAAAAGGUUCAAGAAAGCAGAGAGCCUUUUUUCAGAUGUGCUCGAUGGGUACAAGAAAACAUUCGGCCGCGAGCAUAGCCUUACCGUCAUUUGUAAGGCCGAGCUGGGAACAACGUACCUACACCAGAGAAAUUGGGUCGCUGCGAGCGUUAUCUACAUCGAAGUGGUCAACGACGGCGAAACCAAGCGCGGCGAAGAUCAUCUCGAGACCCUAGAGGCCAAAUUGAAACUGGCUCGUACCUAUUACGAGCAAGGAGAUUUCGAGACUGCAGAAAAUCAACAAAGGGCAGUGAUGGAGACAUGCAAGACGAAAUUUGGAGACAAGCAUCUCCUCACAGCUGAGAGUAUGGAAGACCUGGCCUUUUCGCUUGAACAACUUGGUAGGCCUGGCGAAGCCAUAAUUUUGGCAAAGGAGUGCCUCGAAACUCGCGUCGAGCUUUUGGGUCCGAAGCAUACGGACACAGCAUUCAUUCAGGAUGCACUAACCACGUGGGAGAAGAAGUAUGCGGCAAAAAAUGGAAGUCGCAAGCGUGACCAGAGCCAGCCAGGGGAGCAGAGGAAAAAGAGAGGGAAGUACCGUUCAUAG